AUGGCAGAGGGCCAGCCACACCUAAGUAUUCAGAUGUCAGACUCGAAUACAAAUGGCAUCCCCAGCAGAAAGCAGUCCUCUCCAGACUUAGCUGGCACGGGAGGAAGCAUACUAACUUUCCACAACAUCUGCUACCAUGUGAAGAUGAAGACUGGGUUCCUGUGUUGUCAAAAAACAGCCAAUAAAGAAGUUUUGAGACAUGUCAAUGGCAUCAUGAGACCAGGACUGAAUGCAAUUUUGGGACCCACUGGCAGUGGUAAAUCUUCUCUGCUCGACAUUUUGGCUGCAAGGAAGGAUCCUCAUGGGCUUUCCGGUGACAUUUUGAUCAAUGGAGCUCCUCAGCCUGCCAACUUUAAAUGUACCUCUGGAUAUGUAGUACAGGAUGAUGUGGUGAUGGGAACCCUGACUGUAAGAGAAAAUUUGAAGUUCUCAGCAGCACUCCGUCUGCCAAAGUCAGUGAAGGAACAGGAAAAAAAUGAACGAGUGAAUCAGAUCAUCAAGGAACUGGGUUUGAGCAAAGUGGCAGAUUCCAAGGUUGGCACCCAGUUCACCCGUGGGGUGUCUGGAGGAGAGCGGAAAAGGACCAAUAUUGGGAUGGAGCUCAUCACGGAUCCUGCCAUCUUGUUUUUGGAUGAGCCAACUACGGGACUCGAUGCCAGCACUGCUAACACUGUCCUACUGCUAAUGAAAAGGAUGGCAAAACAAGGAAAAACAAUAAUCUUCUCCAUCCACCAGCCUCGGUACUCCAUAUUCCGACUGUUUGACAACCUGACGCUGCUGGCCGCGGGGAGAGUGCUGUACCACGGGCCUGCUCAGCACGCCAUCGAGUACUUCCAAUCUAUCGGCUAUGAGUGUGAGCCAUACAACAACCCUGCCGACUUUUUCCUGGACAUCAUUAAUGGAGACUCCACUGCAGUGGCAAUGAGCGAGACCAAUGAAACUAACACAGAGAGCACCGAAGAAUGCACUGAAUAUGAUAAAACCUUGGCUGAGAAGUUAGCAGAAAAAUACUCCAACUCUACCUACUACCAAGAAACAAAAGCAGUAUUAGAAAAUAUUUCUUUGGGAAAUAAAAAGAAAACAAAAGCAGUUUUCCGACAAAUCACGUAUGCCAAUUCCUUCCUUCAUCAGCUGAAAUGGGUGUCCAAGCGCACAUUUAAAAAUCUGGUAGGAAACCCUCAAGCUUCUGUAGCUCAGCUGUGUGUUACGGCUUUCCUGGGACUGGUUGUAGGUGCCAUUUUCUUUGGACUUAAAGAGGACUCCACUGGACUACAGAACAGAGUGGGUGCAAUGUUCUUUCUGACCACCAACCAGUGUUUCAGCAGCGUCUCAGCUAUUGAACUUUUUAUUGUAGAAAAAAAGACAUUUACACAUGAAUAUAUCAGUGGGUACUACAGAACAUCUGCAUAUUUCAUCUCAAAGCUAAUGGCUGAUUUAAUACCCAUGAGGACUAUACCAAGCAUCAUCUUCACCUGUAUAAUUUACUUCAUGUUAGGUUUGAAACCAACAGUAGAAGCCUUCUUUACAAUGAUGUUUACCCUUAUGAUGGUGUCCUACACAGCCACUUCUAUGGCACUAGCCAUUGCAGCAGGACAGAGUGUGGUCGCUGUAGCAAACCUGCUCAUGACUAUCACAUUUGUUUUUAUGAUUAUUUUCUCUGGGUUGCUGGUCAAUCUCACAAGCAUCAUGUCCUGGCUCUCCUGGCUCAAAUACUUUAGCAUCCCUCGAUACGGAAUGACAGCUUUACAGAUCAAUGAAUUGACUGGUCUGAACUUUUGCAGCAGCAGCAACAUCACAGAUUUAAUCAGCAACAGUAUCUAUCAACAGAUAAGCCAGCCGUGGUGUACCGGAGAUGAAUAUCUGAAAAAUCAAGGCAUUGAUGUGAGUAGCUGGGGCCUGUGGCAGAACCACCUGGCUCUUGCCUGCAUGACAGUAAUAUUCCUUAUCAUUGCAUACCUGAAACUGCACUUCAUGAAGAAGUUCUCUUAAAACCAGAAUGAAAAAUGCAAUUCCCAAUGUUCAGUAGUUU